GAAUUAGAGUCAGUGAACCAAUAGUUCCAGUUUGGAUACUCGACGCGGUGGCUGGCCUUCGGGGGCAAAAUUCUCUCGGCUCAACUUGACGUGGAGAGCCCGAGUGCGUGUUUGAGCAACACUCCUUCCUUCCUUCCUUCCUCCCGCCCUCGCAGCAUGGGGACGAAGCACCCUUUUUUUGGGGGUCGCCUUUGAACUCUCGACGACACGGGUCAUAAAAGAAACCUAAUCCCCCCCCAAAUCCCACCAUGCACUCCUCAAGCAACAGCCUGGAUGACGCGGCGGUGGCGGCGGCGGCGGACAGCGGCGCCGAUUCGACCGAGCUGGCGGCCCCGACGGAGACGCGUCUUCAGGCGCAGGAGGACGAGCUCACGCUGCUCAAGGCUUCGCUGGCGGACGCCUUGCGCCGGAUCCGCCUCCACGAUGGGCUUCUCCUUAUGCUCAAGCAGCAGUUGAUCGCAGUGAACCCCGCCGCUGCCGGACUGAUCAACCAAAUUUGCUGUCACGAGGGCGCAAACAUUUUUUCCAGCUUGGACCGAGUCCUCCUGUGUGAGUGCAGCCAAAGACCACGGAGCAUUUCGGGGCCGGCGACGACGGAUCGGUCCACCCAAACGGAGGCGGGCCAUCCCGAGCCAAAGGCUGUGCACGGCCAGGCGGCUCUAUCCGGGGGGGCGCAGAGCCUCCACCUGGAGGACGCCUUCCCGCUGCGGGCCGAGCAGCAGCGCGCCCCCAGCGUGGAGGAGGGCGAGGACCCGGAUGACCACGAUGGAGCGACGCGGCGAGAAACGGAGCCCACUCGGACAGCGGCCGGCGAGGAGCCCGUUUGGACCAGCGCCGGCGGCCCCCAGAAUGGACGCGAUUGGCCGGAGGACGCGUCUCUCGAUCAGAACCUCGGCCCUUUGUCCAGUGUCCGGGAAGAAGAAGCGCAGCACAAACCUCUACUUCGAAGGAAUAGCGAAAAACUGGGCAACUUGAAGAGGCAGGUCAAGCGACUGGACAGAAAAGCGGCGUCCUCGGCCACUCUCCUCAGCCGCUCGCCAAGCUUAGAGAAUCAUGUCAAGGAGCUCGUUGCCAGCGCAGGAUCCCCCGGCUCUCGAAGACGAACCUACGGUCAAGGCCAGUCCAUCAAAAUGUUCAUCCGCGGCCGGCCCAUCACCAUGUACGUCCCGAGCGCCAUCCAAAAUUACCACGAGCUGAAGACGGAGCCGCCCUCCCAGAGCCUGGAGCUGGACUGGGUCUACGGCUACCGGGGGCGAGACUGUCGGGCCAACCUGUACACGCUGCCCACGGGCGAGGCCGUCUACCUUGUGGCCCGCGUGGUGGUCCUCUACCACAUGGACCAGCGCACGCAGCGCCACUACCGCAGACACAGCGACUGCGUUCGCUGCCUCGCGCUGCAUCCCGACAAAGUGCGGAUCGCGUCCGGCCAAACGGCGGGUGUGGACAAAGACGGCAAGCCCCUGCAGCCUUGCGUUCACAUCUGGGACUCGACCACCUUGGUCACACUGCAGCAAAUCGGACUGGGAACUUUCCAGAGAGGAGUGGUCUCUCUUGCUUUUUCCACCAUGGACUCGGGCGUCUUCCUGUGCGUGAUCGACGAGUCCAACGAGCACAUGUUGUCCGUGUGGGACUGCGCCAAGGGGAGCAAGCAAGCUGAGGUCAAGACCACCAACGAGACGGUGUUCGCCGUGGACUUCCACCCCGGCGACAGUGGCAACAUCAUCACCUGCGGCAAAUCCCACGUCUACUUCUGGACCCUGAGCGCAGGGCAGUUCACCAAGAAGCAAGGCAUCUUUGGGAAAUACAAAAAGCCCAAGUUUAUCCAGUGCUUUGUGUUCAGCCUGACUGGCGACGUUUUGACCGGCGACUCGGAGGGGAACAUCCUGACCUGGGGCAGGUCAGCGGCCAAUGUCAGAACUCUGGGCAAAGGGGCCAAAGAGACCUUCCAGAUCAUACGUCAGACCAAAGCGCACGAGGGCAGCGUUUUCACCUUGUGCGCGCUGCAGGGCGGCGCCACGCUGCUCAGCGGAGGAAGCAAAGACCGCAAGAUCAUCCGCUGGAGCGCCGACCUGGCUCCGGAGCACGAGUGCGAGAUUCCCGAAAGGUUCGGGGCGGUCCGCAGCCUCGCCGAUAUCGACGGAGAGCAAGUGUUAGUGGGAACGAGCCGAAACGCCAUCCUGAGGGGCGCCUUCUCCACCGGCUUUGUGGCCGUCGUGCAAGGCCACGUGGACGAGCUGUGGGGGCUGGCCACGCAUCCCUCGCUCAACAGCUUCCUGUCCUGCGGCCACGACCGGCAGGUGUGCCUGUGGAACGCCGAGGAGCACGCGCUGCGCUGGAGCGUCUCCCUGGAGGAGUACGGCCUGUGCGCCGAUUUCUGCCCAAACGGAUCGGUGGUCUCGGUCGGCCUCAGCACGGGAAGAUGGGUGGUCCUGGACCUGCUGACGGCCGAGGUCAUCUCCGAGGCUGUGGACGGCAACGAGCAGCAUUCCGUCAUGAGAUACUCUCCAGACGGUAGCUUCCUGGCGGUGGGCUCCCAUGACAACUUCAUCUACAUCUAUAACGUGACUGAAAAUGGCCGCAGUUACACUCGUUUUGGGAAAUGCAACGGUCACUCCAGUUUCAUAACUCACCUGGAUUGGUCCAAAGACGGAAAGUACAUCAUGUCAAAUUCGGGCGACUAUGAAAUCCUCUAUUGGGACGUCGCCGCAGGCUGCAAACUGCUGAGGAAUCGCUCGGAGAGCAAAGACCGGGAGUGGGCCUCCUACACCUGCGUGCUGGGCUUCCACGUCAUGGGCGUGUGGCCGGAGGGCUCGGACGGCACCGACAUCAACGCGCUGUGCCGCUCCCACAGCGAGAGCGUGGUGGCGGUGGCGGACGACUUCUGCAAAGUCCACCUCUUCCAGUACCCCUGCCCCAAACUCAAGGCGCCGAGCCGCAGGUACGAGGGCCACGGCAGCCACGUCACCAACGUGCGCUUCACCCACAGCGACGCGCACUUGCUCUCGGUGGGCGGCAAGGACACGUGCAUCUUCCAGUGGCGGGUGCUCCCCGCAGGCGCUCCGGAACCCGCUCCCAGCAGCCACUAGGUGGUGACCGCAAAAAGAAUGGAGACAAAGAAAGCGGCACAACGCGGACGGACGACGCGACGGGUGGGGGAUUUCGUCGUAGCCGCGAUAGUGCACCCGUUACCGUCGUCUUCCUUCCUUGCGUGUGACCAGGCGCCUCAGUUGAGCGAUUCUCACGGACGGACGGACGAGCGAGCGAGCGAGCGAGCGUCAGUCGCUCGGCCUUGUUUGGAAAGCGCUUUCCCAACAGCCGUCACAAGAGCUCCGUUUUCGCGGAUAUUCCGAUUCGAACGAGCCCCCGCCCGCGUUUCGAGGAGGCCGAUGUCUCAUUCGGAGAAUUCCAAAUUACGACAACCAACUAUUUAUUGUCAAAAAGGUUUUUGGACCUGUAGCGCUUACAGCGAUAACGAUAAGAAGUACGGACUUUUUAAAAGAAUACGACUACCACUAAAAUGAAUGAUUUUACAAUACUUUGUACUUGUUUCAUUUGACAACUUUUAUCUUGUAUUGCCACAGUAAGUGGACCAAAUGUUUUUUUUUUUUUAGAACAAAUCUCUUGAAUGGAGGGAGGGAAGAAUUGGUUUUAUACUCUGUUACAAUAUCAAAGUGCCGUUAGCACACUGCCGAAAGCUCUUCCCUCUCAGGAAGUCCAUUAACGUUCCUUGUCCAUUUGUGUAUACGCCAAAGUACUGUGAAGACCUUGUAAUCAUUUUCUGGAUUGCUUGUCCACAUUUGUCUAUCAGACGAGUCGAACACAAACCUGUUCGCCAGUCGCAAGAUCAAAGUCAAAGUCAAAGUCA